AUGACACUGGCCUGUGUCAGCCGCUUAUCCGCCAUUCCAGGAAGCCGUCCCGUCUCCCCCCUCCCUUUCUCCAUAGAAAACCAAAGAGAGGGUGAAACUUGUAGCUGCUGAAGUUGCGGAGCCGAAACCACGAGCCGAAGCUUGAGGACGUACAGGGUUUUCAAACUUUUGACUAAACCACUGAAUUCCUCGGACUCCAUUCCACCAUUUUGAAACGCUAAUUUACACCCAACUUCCCAAGUGGAUACUCUUGUUUUGAAAGUCCGCAAACAUGAGUACUAUUAACACGCCCAACAUCACCUUCAAAUGGGACCCCAAGAGUCUGGAAAUCCGGACUCUGGCAGUGGAACGCCUGCUGGAGCCAUUGGUCACCCAGGUCACGACCUUGGUAAACUCCAGCAACAAGGGACCAUCUAACAAGAAGAAGGGCCGUUCGAAGAAGGCCCACGUGCUGGCCGCCUCUGUGGAGACUGCCACACUGAAUUUCCUGGAGAAAGGAGACAAGAUCGCCAAGGAGAGCCAGUUUCUGAAAGACGAGCUCACCGCCGCUGUGGAGGAUGUCCGCAAGCAAGGAGAGUCCAUGAAGCAGGCCUCAGGAGAGUUUGCCGAGGACCCGUGCUCAUCGAUGAAGCGGGGGAACAUGGUGCGUGCGGCUCGUGCCCUCCUCUCGGCCGUCACCCACCUGCUGGUGCUGGCAGACAUGGCCGACGUCUACCGCCUCCUGAUGCAGCUGAAGCUGGUUGAGGAGAAUCUGGCUAAGGUGCGUAACGCUGGGACUGAGCAGGACCUGGGCAUCCAGUACAAGGCCCUGAAGCCAGAGGUGGACAAACUCAAUCUGAUGGCAUCCAAGAGGCAGCAGGAGCUGAAGGACGUGCACCACAAGGACCAGAUGGCGGCGGCGCGCGGCGUGCUGCAGAGGAACGUGCCCAUGCUCUACACGGCCUCCAUCGCCUGCCUGCAGCACCCGGACGUGGCUGCCUACAAGGCCAACCGCGACCUCAUCUACAAGCAGCUGCAGCACGCCGUCACCGGCAUCUCCAACGCCGCGCAGGCCACCGCCAGCGAGGACUCCGCGCUCGGCCACACCGCCGGCGGCGGAGAGCUCGCGUACGCGCUCAACAACUUUGAUAAGCAGAUCAUCGUGGACCCGCUGAGCUUCAGCGAGGAGCGCUUCCGGCCCUCUCUGGAGGAGCGUCUGGAAAGCAUCAUCAGCGGCGCCGCCCUCAUGGCCGACUCUUCCUGUACGCGCGACGACCGCCGCGAACGCAUCGUGGCCGAGUGCAACUCCGUGCGCCAGGCUCUGCAGGACUUGCUCUCCGAGUACAUGGGCAACGCUGGGCGGAAGGACAAGAGUGAUGCCCUGAACACGGCCAUCGACAGGAUGACAAAGAAGACCCGUGACCUGCGCAGACAGCUGAGAAAGGCGGUCAUGGACCACGUGUCCGACUCCUUCCUGGAGACCAACGUGCCACUCCUGGUCCUCAUCGAGGCGGCCAAGAACGGCAACGAGAAGGAAGUGAAGGAGUACGCCCAAGUGUUCCGUGAGCACGCCAACAAGCUCAUUGAGGUAGGUAACAGGCACUCCAAUGAAGUGUUCUCCCCCCCCACUCCCUCCUUCUCUUUCUCCUCCUCAUGCUCACUUGCUUUUGUGUGUCUCCUUCCGCAGACCCCUGAGGAGCUGGACGAUUCAGACUUUGAGACGGAGGACUUUGAUACGCACAGCAGGACCAGCAGGCAGACGGACGACGACCAGCUCAUUGCCGGCCAGAGCGCCAGGGCCAUCAUGGCACAGCUGCCUCAGGAGCAGAAAGCCAAGAUCGCCGAGCAGGUGGCCAGCUUCCAGGAGGAGAAGAGCAAGCUGGAUGCUGAGGUGUCCAAGUGGGACGACAGCGGCAACGACAUCAUCGUGCUGGCCAAGCAGAUGUGCAUGAUCAUGAUGGAGAUGACCGACUUCACCAGGGGAAAGGGGCCGCUGAAGAACACCUCAGAUGUGAUCAGUGCCGCAAAGAAGAUCGCCGAGGCCGGCUCCAGAAUGGACAAGUUGGGCCGUACUAUUGCCGACCAAUGUCCAGACUCUACUUGCAAGCAGGACCUGCUGGCCUACCUGCAGCGCAUUGCCCUCUACUGCCACCAGCUUAACAUCUGCAGCAAGGUCAAGGCUGAGGUGCAGAACCUGGGAGGAGAGCUCGUGGUCUCUGGGCUGGAUAGUGCCAUGUCCCUGAUCCAGGCGGCCAAGAAUCUGAUGAACAGCGUGGUGUCUACGGUGAAGGCGUCCUACGUGGCCUCCACCAAGUACCAGAGGCAGCAGGGCAUGCAGAACCUCAACAUGCCCGCCGUAUCCUGGAAGAUGAAAGCCCCCGAGAAGAAGCCACUGGUCAAGCGCGAGAAGGAGGACAACCAGACCAACAAGGUGCGCCGCUCCUCGCACAAGAAGCACAUCAACCCCGUGCAGGCCCUCAGCGAGUUCAAAGCCAUGGAUAGCAUCUAAGGGGGGAGGUACAAAAGGGGAGCCUGUUGGCUGUGUGGGGGGUUAGAAUGACGCGUGUAUUCACCACUCUAAUGUAUGUUGCUCUCAGCGUAGAUGUUGGGAUUUGUUUUGUUUUGAUUUUUUUCUUUUUUUUAAUAUAUAUAUAGGGGAUGCAUAUAUGCUUUUGAAAGCAUUCAUUUAGCUUAGAAAGUUGCUGAGUUAUUCCCCUAAAAAUGUGUAUAUUUAUUCACUCUGAAAUCCUUCUGCUAUACUCAAUCUGUAAAUGAAACUCUCCUCAAUGAAAGCAAUAAGGAAAUGGCAACUGGACUAAGGGCAUUUUAUGGUAUUAAGAGGGGAAAGGAGGGUCUUUAUGGACCUUCAGAUCAAGAUUCUUCUUUCAUGCAUCUCUAAGUGUUUUAUAAUCUAGUGUGUGUGUGUGUGUUUAAGAAUUAUAUUUGAGGUGCUCUUUUUAUAUUGCCUUUAGAAACUUUAUUUGAUAUGGCACCAUCUAGUCUCUGAUCUAAUUUGUGGUAUUAAAUGUCAUGCCUAUGCAAGCUCUAAGCUGCCUUAUGCGCUCUCAAGCAAUAAUAAGUGUAGUUAUGUUGUAGAGUGUGUGAGGCCUUUUAGGGAACAGUUAUUUCUUUUUACUUUUUUUAGCGCUCAGACCAAAGUGCUUUUUUCCAUAAUGUUCUCUGAAAUCUAAUUAACUUUUGAUAUAUUCAUACUUGGGUGUGUUUGUUUGAGAGCUAACAUCUAUUUUAUAACAUGCCAAAAAAUAAAAGUAAAAUAACCACAGGGCUCUGGAUUUGUUAACUUUCUAGUCUGACUAAUUUGUUUAAUCUAAUCUGACUUCAUUUGUCAAUUUAACUGUAUUCAUUGAUUGCAGUUUAGCUGGUGCACAAUAUAGGUUAUAGCGAACACACAUUGAUUGCAGUUUAGCUGGUGCACAAUAUAGGUUAUAGCAAACACACAUUCCUCAGUGCUGGAAAAGAGAGAACACACCAUUUAUCCAGGUUUUCCAUUGUGUUUUAAGGAGUGAAUAAGUGAUCCCCUGUAUGGCUGCAGGAUACCCCCCGUUCCUAUACAUAGACUUGGAUACAUCCCCCUAAACUCGAUUCUAAUGCUUACUUGUGGCCUCCAUCAGCCACUUUGACUGCAUUAAUUAGUGUUCUUAUCUUGACAAGGGCAUCAUGGGAAGUGUAGUCCUGGAAUCCUGUCCUUCAAUGGCCAAGACUAGCCCAAUAGACCUGUAGUCAGGACUUCUGCUGUCUUCCACCCAACCCACUUUUGUUCUAUUCCCUAUGCAGUCAAGCACCAUUGAACGCAAAUGAGAGCAGCCACCCUACACAUCCUAAACGAUCUGCCAAACCAUGAGAUCAAUAUUCCCCCGUGUCAGUCCCACGGGACAACUGCAGUGGCAGCGCUCGUACUGUAACAGGCAGAUCUAAAACACAUUCCCCCUCUCUGCCGAACGGUUUGAUUCCUCUCGUUUCUUUUUUUAUGUCAUUCAGACGUCGCUUUCUUUAAAGAAAUAUAACUUUUUAUGUACUUUCAUUACUUUCAUUGUUCUUUUUGCAAGAUUGUUCCUGUAGGGAUCCCUGCUUGAUUGAGCUGUUCACAGAAGUGUGGAUCUUUUUUUUUUUUUUUUUUUUUUUUUUUUGUAAUGCAAAGUCAAGGAGUUUAGUGUAGCUGGGCCCGUGAGGGAGAUGCUUUUUUUUUUUACACUCAACUCCAAUGCAGUGGGUGUUGUGCAGUCACCGAGUUGUUCCAACAUUCAGACAAGCCAUGCGUGCGUCAUGUGUAUGCACGGAUGUGCACGCACCGGAGGCCUUUGAAGCAACGCUACUCAGAAGCCCAGGUUGCAGCCUUGUUUUGAAUGUCUAUAAACAAUUAAGAGGGCAGGUCAAUGGAGAACCCAUGACAGAUGGUCUGAAGGCUGUUUUUUUUUUUGUUUUUGUUUUUUUGCUUUGUUUUCCUUGUGUUUUUGCCUUCUAUUUGGAUUUGUGUGGUUUUUUUUUUUUUUUUUUUUUUGUUUUUUGUCUCAUUAUUCAAUCAUGUCCUGUGUCCUAUUGGCUCCUCAUACCCUGUUCUGAAAGUCACUAAGUUCAUUUCUCAUUUAUUUUUUAUUGUUUUUUUUUUUUUGUUUGUUUGUUUUCACUGACUGCUGUGGUGAUCUCUACAUAAAGAGGAGUACUUGUUGUAAGUUAAGAGCUUUCUGUAAUAGUUUGAUUGGGAUUUGACUAAAUACUGCACACUUUUUACAAUUACAUGUAUUUUCUUUAUGUAAAAAAAAGAAAUAAAAAACACUAAAAUGGAA